GAGACAGACUCGGACAAAUCACAGAGUCUCUCUUCCCUCAGACACCGGUCUGACACCGGACCGGAUACAGCAGACCCAUCUGAGUCCGGACCGAACCGAACCACUAAAACUGGACCCAUCUGAGACCGGCUCCAGGCGCGCUCUGAGCCGGACUGGAUCUUUACGCACCAACUUUACGCGCGUUUUUAUUCUGACUGAGGUGACGUCACGAUCAGGUUCUGGACUCGGUUCGGUUUCAAGAUCAGGUUCUGGGUUCGGUUCGGUUUCAGGAUCAGGUUCUGGGUUCGGUUCGGUCUCCGGGUCAAAUUCUGGGCUCGGUUCGGUGUCAGGAUCAAGUUCUGGGCUCGGUGGUCUGCUGUGAGGUUCCAACGGAACAUCUGACCCGCUUCAGCCCGCUGAGGCUCAGGUGACCCGAGGAGGACCCGGACCCGGACCGAACCGGGUCCGAGCUGCCCGUGUACAGGAAGUGGACUGGUUCUCAAAGUUCUGAUGUAAGCCGUUUGGACCGGAACCAAUCAGCUGCUGCGGGGCGGCGGGAGUCAUGACCUCCUGUCUGACACGCGCAGUGCGCGCGCGCGGACCGCAGCGGUACUUCACCGAACCUGCUGGCCCUGGUCGGUCCAGUCCCAGUCUGUAGAUGAUCCGGAACCAGACGGGUCAGCAUGUCCCGCCGCAAGCAAGCCAAGCCUCAGCAGGUCCGCGCGGAGCAGGAGGAGCAGGAGGAGCAGGAGGAGCAGCAGGAGCAGCAGGAGCAGGAGGGUCAAAGGUCACCGACAGCAGCAGCUGGAGGCUCCAGCAGCAGCAGCAGCUUCCUGUCCUGGACCGAGCUGAGCCAGGAUCAGAGGGUCUGCACCCAGGACCCCCUGGACCUGCUGGUGAAGGAGGGUCUCCUGGAGGACUGUCCCAGUCCCAGCGGGGGGUCCAGCGACCUGUCCGCAGCAGAGUCCGUAGACGCCGGCCUGGAGCCCACCCACGACAGUUUGGAUGUUUUGGACGGAGUGGGGGGGGAGUGGGAUGAGGUCAUGGACUCGGAGCCCUCCCCUCAGGACAAAAACCCGCCCACGUCCAGCCCCCCGCCCCCGGACUCGACCGAGUCCUCGUCCCCCCAGGCGUCGGGGUCCGGCAGCUACGGCGCGCCGAGCUCCAACGUGACUCUGGAGAUCCUGCACAGCACGCGGGUGGCGGUGGCUCAGUUCUCUCAGGGUCUCGGCGGGGCCGGUCUGGGGGGCAAAGCGGCCUCGGCCUCGAUCCCGGUGAUCCUGGAGCGCCUGCUGGCCCUGCAGCAGCAGCAGGUCCAGCAGCUGCAGCUCAUCCAGCAGAUCUGCAGCCAGGUGGCCGGCAUGAACAGACCACCGGUCCGGGCCGCGGUCAACCCAGAGUCCAGGUCCGUGUCCCUGCCGUCCAACCCGGGGGUGGUCCGGCCCCCCCUCCUGCCUCUGUCGGGGACCAUGCCCUCUGCUGUGAACGGACAGGCUGCAGUGUCUCUGUCUCACAGCGUCCCCUCGCAGACUUUCUGUGGACAGCUGACCUCAGCCUCAUCAGAGAAGACCCCCCCGUCCACGCUGCUGCCUCGGACCCCCCACAGCAGCUCUCAGACCCCCGGCGGUCUCCUCAGCUCCCCCKGCAGCCUCACGUUUCUACCUCAGAGCCCACCGAGCAGCGUCAUCUUCCCCAACCCCCUGGCCAGCAUCGCGGCCUCGACCAGCGCCCUGGACCCCCCGGACCCCCUGACGGCCCUGAUGAAGCAGCAGAGAGGCAAAGCCCCCCMCACGGUCCCGUUUGAGCCCAGACCCGGCUCAGAGGAGCCCUUCUUCAAACACAAAUGUCACUUCUGUGCCAAAGUGUUCGGCAGCGACAGCGCGCUGCAGAUCCACCUGCGCUCCCACACCGGGGAGAGACCCUUCAAGUGCAACAUCUGUGGGAACCGCUUCUCCACCAAGGGCAACCUGAAGGUGCACUUCCAGAGGCACAGGGACAAGUACCCCCACGUCCAGAUGAACCCCUUCCCCGUGCCYGAGUACCUGGACACCGUGCCCACCAGCUCGGGGAUCCCUUACGGCAUGUCCGUCCCCCCAGAGAGACCCGUGUCCUCCUGGCUGGACAGCAAACCGGUCACAGGGGGUCUCACGUCCAGCGUGUCCCUGCCUGCGUCCUGUUCUGGACCAGAGGAGUCUGGAAGGGUUCCGUCCUCUCAGUGUGAGUCCUCUGAGCACAGAGGCAGUGAGCUCCGUCUUUCUCCCGUUYCAGACUCCAGCCGUGAGCCCGAGACCACCAAAGCCCUGAAAACAGACCUGCSCCAGACUCCGAGGGCCCACCUGGUCUCAGAGGCAUCCAGCGGGGCCCCGACCCCUGAGCCCGUCUCCCCGGCCCCYCUGGACUCUAUGCAAGCCUCAGAGACCUCGAAGCUGCAGCAGCUGGUGGAGAACAUCGACAGGAAGCUGAGCGAGCCCACCCAGUGCUCCGUCUGCCGCCGCGUCCUGAGGACGCAGCGCCGCGUGCACCCGGACCAGAGGCCCUUCAGGUGCCAGGUGUGCAGCAGGGCCUUCACCACCACAGGAAACCUGAAGACCCAUGGGGGGAGCCCCUCAGCCCUGCCGCAGCCCUCCUGUCCCAUCUGCCACAGGAAGUUCAGCAACGCUGUGGUUCUCCAGCAGCACGUCCGUGUGCACGUGGGACAGGUCUGCGACGGGCCGGACGUCUCCAUGGAGGAGGAGGAGGAGGAGGAGGAGRAAGGAGAAGCUCUGAAACCUUUCAUCUCUGAUCACAGAUGUUUGUCUCUGAGUGCGGACCCCUGCUUGUCUGUGAAGGACCUCAGUAACGGACUCAGAGACGGUCCGCCCGGUUCUGAUGAGUCCUCGUCUCAGAACAAGUCUGAGAGCAGCCCAGGUGUGUCUGACUGCUCCCGCUCACCUUCCUCUCCUCCGCAGAGCUGCGAGGCCUCAGCAGUCAGAACUCAGCAGGUUCUGUUCGCCUCGGUGAAGACAGAACGAGCCGAGUCUCCAAAACCUGCAGCCGACCUGAGAGAGGAGCUCAGCAACGAGCAGCCGAAGGCCGAGGCCCCGUACGGCCCGCCGCUGCAGCCGAGCCGACACACAGCUGCAGGUCUGAACCUGUCCGGCUCCAUCAAAGCCGAGGUGAAYGGUCACGGCCAGGCGGAGGCCCCCUUCGGCCCCGGGGCCACCUCCCUCCUCGGCCCCGCCCCCCUGCGACGAGCGUCCAGGCAGCACAACUGCAGCGCCUGCAGGAAGAACUUCUCUUCGGCCAGCGCCCUGCAGAUCCACGAGCGCACGCACACCGGAGAGAAACCGUUCGUCUGCUCCGUCUGCAGCAGAGCCUUCACCACCAAGGGCAACCUGAAGGUCCACAUGGGGACCCACAUGUGGAACAACGCCCCGGCCAGGAGAGGCCGGCGGCUCUCGGUGGAGAACCCCGCGGCCCUGCUGCGCGGGGAGGCGCUGAAGUUCGGGGAGGCGUUCCACAAAGACCUGGCGAGCCGGGCCAUGAGCGUGGACCCCGGGUUCUGGAGCCGCUACGCCUCGGCCAUCACCGGCAGCCUGGCCCUGAAGAACAACGAGAUCUCGGUGAUCCAGAACCCGGGCCUGGCUCAGAUCCACCCGCUGACAGCAGCCAGCGCGGCAGGGGGGACCAUGAGCCUGAACAAGACCAGUAUGGAGCUGGGAGCCAGCAGACACUUCUCCAUGCUGAUCGACGACAGCAAACACAUCGGGAUCAAUUAAAACUGAACUUUGAUGGAAUUUAUAUGCAAACGAUUCUAGACUUUUUAUCUGCAAAACUUAUUAAACAAACAUUUUGUUAAAUGUUUUCUACAAAUAAAACCAGUUUUAAGAAUUCCUUCA